AAUUAGGUUAGUGCUCUAGAUUUAUUCUGCGCAUGCACUUUCAGCAAAAGGUCUAUCGCGCAUAUCAGACAGGCAUUGCCAGUCUUCUCUCGACUGUUUUUGAGGCCUUGUGAAAAGGGUACUUGUAGGCGAAGUUUCAUAUAGAGAUAAGAAUAACACACAAAAGAGGGAUUAAAGUAGCUAAUCAUGUUGAAGUUGUCCAUCAACAUCCAGACCAUUUUGGCGGGAAUGAGCAUUGGUCUUUUUGUGUACUACGUCAUCAAACGGAUGCGGUAUCGUCUGCCACCUGGACCAUGGUGUAUCCCACUUAUUGGGCAUUAUAAGAUUUAUUCAUCGCCUGAGUUUCACUUAAAAACCGCAGCGCUUGCAAAGGAAUACGGUCCUAUAAUCCGGCUGUCUGUUGGUCCCCAAACCUGGGUUGUUCUAAAUGACAUCAACUCUGUGCUGGAAGCAAUGGUAACGAAAAAGACCGAUUUUGCUGGAAGACCACAGAUUACAUCAGGUGAUGUGUUUACGGAAGGAGGAAAGGAUAUAACCCUGGCUAAUUAUUCAGCUUCCUGGAAAUUACAUAGGAAAAUAGUCGGAAAGGCCCUAAGGAAUUAUCUUCAAGGGGAUUUAUUGGAAAACAUGAUUCAAGACAAUAUGAAUAAAUUUUUGGACAAGAUGGCCGAAGAGAAAGGACCGUUCGUUUUCAAAGAAUACAUGGAUCUGAUAAUUUUUCAUCAACUGUACACAAUAUGUUUUGGAGAAAAACGUCCUGUAGAUGACCCGGAGGUGAAAAGAUUUAUUAAAUUAGACAAUGAUCUGCUGGAGAAAUUUGGUUCGGGUUUCUUUGAAGACGUAUUUCCGUAUCUGAGACACAUCUUUACGACGGCUAAAUGGAAGAAAAUGCUUGUUUUGACAGAAGAAGUGCUGAACAUUCUCCGGAAGAAUUUGAAAGAACACAAAGAAACUUUCCAGCCAGGAGUCAACAGGGACUUUACAGACAGCAUGCUUAUCGCCAAACAGGAAGCGAAGGAUGAGGGCGAUGAGGCGGCCCUGGAGAUCUUGGAUGACACGCACCUGGUUCAGACAAUAUCUAAUAUCUUCAUUGCGGGGGCAGACACUACUCGUUUCCUUAUUGACUGGUUCGUUUAUUUCAUGACACGAUUUCCGGAAACCCAAGCAAAAUGUCAGGAGGAAAUUGACAGAGUUGUUGGAUCGAAGCAACUUUCAAUGAAGGACAGAGGCAAUUUAGAUUACACCGAGGCCUGUAUAUUUGAGACGAUGCGAAUUUCAAAUUCUGUUGGUUUUGGGAUUCCACACAUGACAGUCUGUGAUUCACAAGUUGGGGGAUACGAUAUUCCAAAAGGCACCACUGUACUUAUCAAUUACUGGGCGCUUCACCAUGACCCUAAACAAUGGAAGGACCCAGAACAAUUUGACCCACAUCGCUUUCUCGAUGAAAACGGCAAAAUGAAACCCACCAAACCAGACAGUUGGCUUCCCUUUUCUGUCGGACGCCGAGUUUGUUUGGGAGAAUCUUUGGCCAAAUCAGACAUCCUACUGAUAUGUGCCAAUCUUCUACAGCGAUUUGAAAUAAGUCUCCCAGAGGGCGUGAAGCCGAAUUUAGAGUGUCAUAUGAAGGGAUUUGGUAUGGAAAUGACAUCUGAUUACAAAAUCGUGGUCAAAGAAAGAUCUGGAUGAUCAAACAUGGUUAUGGACUAGUUAAAUUGUACGUGUACAUUAUUUGCACGAUGUAGGAUGAUGAUGAUUAUUACAUAUGCAAUUUUUAAAGCGCUAAGCAUAGCUGCAGCGCUUUUUUGUCGCCAGAUUUCUAAGCCUACUUCCACUUUCGUUUUCGCAUUUCCUAUAUACCGCCACCUACUGGCGGAUGCUGGAGAAGUCGUAUCAUGGAGAAGUCGUACUCUGUAAAAAUCAUAACUAUGCAGUAGGGGGAACUUAAUUAUCUUCAAGUUAUCCUGCAUGCAGAUGCAUUUGUUCCUCCAGUAUUAAAUUAACAAUAAGUUUCAUUUAAAUGUCAUUAUUAUAAUUAUAUCGGAUACGGGUGCUCCAAAAGCCAUGUCAUAAUGAUUUAUUUCGAGAAAAAAUGGAUGUUAUAUGCAUUAAAUUGUGUUUUAUGUGUUUAGUAAUAAUUGGAAUAAUUGUACAAUAUCAAGGUUUUGAGUUUU